AUGUCAAACAGUCCAAGAAACGUCUAUCAGCCCAAAAAAAUGCUUAUCCCGUUUCUGUCUCUUGAAGGAUACUCUUCAUCUCCUCUAACCAACUGGUUAAACAGCACCGUACUUGGGGCUGGGUCAGCGAGUACGAAGCUCUAUCUAAGAAGUAUCGACGUGCGGCUCAACCAUCCAGGGCACGAGAUCUGCAACCAAAAUUUUCCACACUUCCAUCACCACCUUCACCUGAAGGACACUAAUACUACAGCCUGCUUUACAUGUGUUUUCUUUUCUUCUUCCUUCAACUUUUAUUUCCUUGUCAUCUUCCUAGCACUGUCCCGUCACUUGCUUUCAAACCUUUUCGCCCCAGCUUCACUUCCACCUCAUCGACUCAUCGCAACGCUCUCCUCAUCAUCCGCCCGUCCUGCCAAAUUCAAGGCCCCCAUGCCGUGUAUUUUCUGGCCUGCAUAUAGCGCAUCUGAUGUAAGCUUUCCUCCUUUGUGCUUACACUCUAAUAAACAAAGGAUAGACCACUAA